AACGCAGUAACAUGGUUGUCUUCAAUCAUCUCCCUGUUCUACUCAUUGUCUAUUGCUCAUUUGGUUUCGCACUUGGAAGCCGAGUGAGCAUCAGCAACAACGGCUAUCGCGACAUCGUUGUGGCCAUUUCACCUGACGUCCAACAAGACAAAGCUGUUGAUUUGUUGACAAACAUUCAAAGAAUCAUCACUGAGGCUUCGGCUGAUUUGUAUACGGCUACACGGCAAAGAUCCUACAUCGAAUCGGUGCGAAUUCUAAUCCCACAGUCGUGGGUAAACAUCACGGCGAAUCCCAACACUUGGGAGUCCUUCGACGAUGCUGAAGUUCAAAUCGACCUUCCAAAUUCGAAAUACGGUAACAGGCCGUACACCGUGCAACUAGGCGGAUGCGGCGAUCCUGGCCAGCACAUUCAUUUGACUCCAAAUUAUGUUUUAACUUAUAAUUCGAGCCUGAUCACAUCUCAAUUCGGCCCAGCUGGCAAGGCGUUCGUGAAGGAAUGGGCCCGAUUGCGCUACGGGGUUUUUGAAGAGCACGGUUACAAGGGCGCUGAUUCUGCUUAUCCAACCUUCUAUCGGCCAGGAUCUGCUCAGCAGCCAGCUGAUAUGGUGCCCAAUGUUUGCUCCAAUGAACCAGCUGACUUUACGAUUGACUACGGUUGCGGUGUGGACCCCGAGACAGGCCUUUAUGAUUCGAAUUGCAUGUACAGUUUUGUGAAGACGUUUAAGCCUACGUCAUCCAUCAUGUCCGAUAACAGAAUGCUCUCCACGGCGGUGCGUUUUUGCGAUGACGAUCCGUCCAGCCUUCACAAACACAACCGAGAAGCACCGACCAAGCAAAAUGCUGUUUGUAAUUUGCGAAGUGUUUGGUCGGUUAUUUCGAAUCACGCCGAUUUCGCCGGGAAUAACAAUCCGCCUGCUGCCAUCGCCAAUGUCAAACCGAUGUUCAACAUCGUUCGAGUUUUGAACGGUGGUCGCUACGUCCUCGUUGCUGACGUUUCUGGAAGCAUGGACAGUUAUAAUCGUAUCAGCAGAUUAAACGAGGCGGCCCGUCGUUGGAUCAAAUACGAUGUUCGACAUGGUACUUCUUUGGGUAUCGUCAAGUUCAGUGAUACCGCUUCAAUCUUAAGUCCCUUGACCGUCGUAAACGAUAGUGCCCGCCAAAAAUUGAUGGAUAAAGUUCCAUACUAUACAGAAGGCAGCACAUGUAUAGGAUGUGGUAUCCAGACAGCUGUUGAUAUGUUGGCACCUGGUGGUAAAGGAGGCGUGAUCGUCUUAGUGAGUGAUGGCAUGGAGAAUCACGAUCCGCUCAUAGCAGAUAUGUAUCCCCAAUUAAUCAACGCCCAAAUUCAAGUCGUAUCUCUUGCUUUCGGCCGCGCUGCUGAGAAUGAAAUCGAAGUUUUGGCUACGAAAACCGAAGGUAAAAGUUACUUCAUUCACGACAAUGGUCAAAGCGACGAGCUGAACGACGCCUUCACUGGAUCAUUAACCUAUCAACCGGCCGUGCCUACUGGGGACCUUACGGUUGUUCUCUUCCAAAAAAAAUACCAAAAUGGCAAACAAUUCGAAGAUUAUGUCACUGUGGACUUCACUGUCGGUCGAAACCUCACCUUCCGCCUCGAAUUUACGCAGAGAAAUUACAUUUUGGGCUUCUACAUCCAAUCGCCCAGUGGCCAAUUGUACCAAAACAUUAUCUACGACAACACUGCGAAAUUGGCCUACUUCAUCGUUCCCGGCAUUGCCGAAGAAGGGGAUUGGAGAUUCACGUUGAAUGUCAACUCGGCUUAUUCUCAAGAUUACGCAAAUGUUAUCGUCACGUCGAAAGCGAGAGUCGAUUCAACGGCACCAAUCACCGUCGAAUGCUCCGUCCCCAGUGGAACAGUCGUCUACAAUGCUUCCACAACGGCCGUCCGUCUUGUGGCUGUUGUCAAACAGGGCCGUAAUCGUGUCAUCGGAGCUAACGUCAAAGCUUACAUCGAAGCGCCCAACGCCUUACUUGAAGUAGUCGAUUUAGAAGAUACCGGCGUCGGAGCCGAUACCAACAAAAAUGACGGUAUCUAUUCACGCUACUACGUGGCCCUUAGUCUUACUGGACGCUACACUUUGGUAUGUAAAGUUAACAGCACGCAAACUACUUACAUUGAAAACGGAUCGACCACACGACAGCGAUCCGCUAUGGGCAAUUUCAACCGCGUCCAAUCCGGUGGCGCUUUUAGGGUGGAACAGCCAAAGGUAAAUCCCUACCCACCCAGCCGAGUAACGGAUUUAAAAGUGGUGGCAAUCCAAGUUGAUCAAAUGUCUUUGACAAUUGAAUGGACGGCCACUGGUGAUGAGCUCGAUGUCGGAACGGCCUCUGCAUAUAUGAUUAAGUAUUCGACUACAUUUGGCUAUCUGAUGGACAACAAUUUCGAUUCAAAUUUGGCUGUGCAAGUUGGAUCGCAAGACGUCCUCGAUGGCAGUUUGCAACCGUUGGAAUCUGGAAACAGGCAAAGCGUGUCCCUCCGGCUUCCUUUGACUGCCGACGAAGUGAUUUAUUACGUCGCGCUAAAAGCUGUUAACAAGAAUGGGUUACUUAGCACCACUUCCAAUGUCGUCUCAGUCAAAAUUGCUGCUUUGAAACCACUACAAACGCAACCAUCGACCACUCUAGCGCCACGCACAAUAGCCAGCAACUUCACCGUUGGGUGCAAUGGAGUAUUGACGACCCCUAGCGGAUUGUUAACGUCUCCCAACUACCCUGGCGCCUACCCCAAUAACUACAAUUGCCAAUGGACCAUACAAUUGGAACCUGGCUCCAAAAUUCGUUUGACAUUUAGCCAUUUUGCAAUCGAAAGUCCUUUCGACUACGUCGAGGUGUACGACGGAUCAUCCACCUCUGCUACUUGGCUGUUGCAACACACCGGAUCGACGCUGCCCAGCGCACCUGUUACCUCCUCGUCCAACGAAAUGCUGGUGCGAUUCGUCACCGAUGCCACUGGCAAUUAUUUUAGAGGAUGGAGGGCUACCUACACUGCCGCCUAACGGUGUCUUUUGAUUUGAUUACGUAUACCG